AUGAUUUUUAUUUCUUCCCCUCGUGUGUGUGUGUCUCUCUCUCUCUCCCUCACUCUCUCCUUUUUUUUUUCUCUCACCCACCAACCCACCCACAUGAGCGAGGAUUUGCCCAGCAGCUGGGUCACCCCACACGUAGCAUCGGCUUUCCCGCUGCGUCACGAGAUACGUACGUCACGCGGAGAACACGUGACCCUAGAACGCAUCGUGUACGAAACCGAAGGCGCGUCACGUGAUGCGGUCCCGCUGUCGUCGCGCGCGCUCUCACAGCUGCUGGCCCUGAUCGACGCCAACUUGGGCCCCAUGUACCGACAACACGGCCGCGCCAUAUACCCGGCAAUCCCGAAACCCAAGCCGCCGCACCACACGCUUGCGCCUACCAGCUGGCACCCGCACAAGACUCGCGAAAUGCAGACCCCGGGACUGGUGUACGUGACGUACCAUGACACACGCGAUCCAGACCGCACUCCGCUGGCGUUUGUCUCGCUGCUGCUCACGCACGAGCCCGAGCUGGCGCGCCGUGCCAAAGUACUCUACCUCUACGAGAUCCACGUCGCCCACGUGAUGCAGGGCCUCGGGCUCGGCACGUGGCUGCUGUGUGGCGGCGUGGACGCCACGCUGCGCGCGCUGCGCCGUGCGAUGCGACCUGGCGAUUUCCACGGUCUAGAACUUACGGUGUUCAGUGGUAACGAGCGUGCGCUCAAGCUGUACCGCGAGCGACUGCAGAUGUCCUUGGCGCCUUGGUCGCCGCAAGAUUGCAACGAGGCGAAGCACCCGCGCCCAAAAAUCACCGCAAGUCAGCAUCUCACCCGCCGCCGUACUCGAGCGCGUACUUACACCUUCAUCACUGAGGACGAAACAGAGGCGAUCGACGGAACGGCGGCCGCACCUCGCAUCCGUCCCGUAUACUAUGUUUUGACGUGGCCCGGUUGCCCCUAG